AUGGGUGUGGACGGGCUCGAUAGAACCGUGCACAUCAAGAUGGUUGCAGAACUAAGUAUAGCUCAGAAGCCAAGUGUCAUGGACAUCGACCAUGAGCCCUCCUGGAUGGAUCCAAUAGUUGAUUACAUAAGUAAUGGAGUCCUGUUCCGCAGGAGUUUCACACUCCCCUAUCUAAGGUGUCUCAAACAUUCCGAGCCUCUUCAAGUAAUGACUGAAGUUCACGAAGGCAUUUGUGGAAAUCACCAGGGAGCCCGCGUUCUUGCAUAUAAGUUGAUAAGGUAUGGAUACUACUGGCCAAGUUUGAAGAAAGAUGCCACAGAUUAUGUCCGGAACAAUGGAGAGUUGAUAUUCUUGGGCCUUUCUGUGGCAGUGGAGUAUUUUACAAAGUGGGUAGAAGCUGAAACUCUAGCAACAAUUUCAGAGCCGAAGCUCAAGUCAUUCAUAUGGAAGUCCAUCAUAUGCAGGUUCGGGAUACCAAAAGUCCUCAUCACAGAUAAUGGAAGGCAAUUCGACAAUCCCCAGUUCAAGAACUUCUGCGCCAACAAUGGGAUUGAUCAUCGCUCGACCUCGGUCUCACACCCACAAAGUAAUGGGUUAGCCGAAGUAACUAAUCAGACCAUAUUGCGGGACCUCCGAACAAGGAUAGGGGACGCCAAAGGUGACUGGCCUGAUGUACUGCCUUCGAUACUAUGGGCAUAUAGGACUUCGCAUAAGACAGCAACUGGUGAAAUGCCAUUCGUGCUUGCUUUUGGACUUGAGGCUACCAUCCCAAUCGAAGUUAGCCUCCCCACAAUAAGAAAGCUCAAGACAAAUAGGGAGACACAAACUAUCGAGCACCUUGACUUGUUUGAAGAGGUAAGGGAGCAAGCCUCACUUAGGACUGCAAGUUAUCAAAACAGAACUGCAAAACACUUCAACAACAAGUUCCAGACCAGGAGAUUCAGAGAUGGCGAUCUUGUCCUUAGAAAAGCAGAAGCCGCCGGACACCAACCAAGGAAACUUGGGCCGACAUGGGAAGGACCUAACGAGGUCAUAAGAAAACUUAAAGGUAGAACCUAUAGCCUCAGAGACACAUUGGGGAAACCACUCCCAAGGUCAUGGAACGCCAAUAAUCUGAAAAUAUAUUAUACGCGACUAGCUAUAGCUAUAAUUUUCCUUUAG